AUGCCGUCCUCUAAAGACCGAGAUGCCGACGUCGUCGACGAGCGCCCGCGCGAGAAGCGACACCGGUCUAAGAGCGAGCGCAAAGACCGAGACAAGGACGGAGAUCGGGACAGAGAAAGAGAAAGAGAAAGAGAGAGAGACAGGGAUCGGGAUCGGGAUCGGGAUAAAGACAGAGACAGGGACCGGGACAGGGAAAAGGACAGGGACUCAGCCUUGUCGUCGUCUCUCCGCUAUCACCGUCAUAAGCCGUCCAAGCCGUCCAAACUGAGGCCUACCGACAGCGACACGCACUCUCGGAGCCACCGACGGCACAGGUCGAAGGAAAUGGAGAAGGAUGACGACCAGGAAUACAAGUCGGCGGCUGCCACGUCCAUGACCGAACUGGUACCGGAGCUAUCGAGAGGUUUGGGCAGCGAGCGGGGGAGCGCCCCGUAUCCGUCCUUCAGCAAAGCGCAUAGCAAGGAGUUUCUCCACAGCAAGGAGGAUAUUGCAGCGACGGCUGCCCGGCGGACCGAUCCGCUUACGCCGGAUGCCACUGAUUUGGGAAGCAGUGAGAUGAGGCGGUCCAAGUCCGUCGAUUCGCCUGCAGCAGCCCGGAACUCGCCCAAAGAGCCGCGACAGGACGACAGGCCGCCGUCUCCCCCAGACACUGAUCUGUCAGCUCAGAAAGACAGACCUGCGAGAGAGAGGCCCGAGACGCCGGUGUCAGUAAAGGAAGCACAAUCCCCAGUGCAGCGGUCUUCGUCUAGAGGCUCGUUUGUUUCCAGGUCCGCCUCUAAGCAUGAACCUAGAUCAAGGGUGUCCAAAGCAUCAAGUCAAGCCACAUUCGUUCAGAGGGAGGCGCAUUCGCCAAAACCCGCGCAAGGCGAUAGAUCAAGAGCAGCAAAUUCCGAGGUAACUGAGAUAACCGACAUGUCUACUCUGGAGCCCAGCUCGGCCGCAACAACGGCUAUCCCCAAGCGGUCUGCAUCCACAGCCAAGCCGCCAUCCGUCGAUGUGGCCGAUUCAUCCCCCGAGUCGGUCGUAGACUCGUCACCCAAGACACCAGUACAUACACCCCAAUUCCCGCCACCACCCAUGGUGCCUGAAAAGCAUCACUAUGCUACAUCGGACAUACCUACCCCUUCAGCAACAUCGGCCUUUAUCCCAGGCGCCCCUGCGCCUCCACCGCCUCCGCCGCCCCCUCCUCCGCUCAAUAUCCAAGAUGUACCGCGGGUAGACUACCUUAUGCAGAAUGGCGGGCUGCCGCACCCCGUUCCCAGGACGUUUCUCUCGGUUCUGCCCCGCCAAAACGGUACGAGGCCUUCUAAUCCGCCGCUCCAGGGCGCCGAAACGCUGUUUGCCCCGUUUUUCAAUCUUCUCAAUCAAUACCAGACGGUGCUCUCGGGUCAUGGCUCCAUCGCGGUGGCGACAGGCCAUCGGACCGUUGCCCGCCGUCUCCUCGAGCGGCUCGAGAAUGUGUUCUCCCGGGAUCUCCCCGCCGAGGGUUGUUCGUGCAUCAUGUGUGAACACCUAGGCGAGCCACGCAGGGGUCUGGGGUGGGGGGAGGUGCUCGAGAGGGUCAGCGGAAGGAUCGACCUGCCGGCUUGGCCUCCGUUUGACUUCUCCCUACUCAGCAGCAAGGCGGUCGAGGACCUGGCAGACGUCCCGCCACGGCCGUCCUCGCCCGUCAAAAUGGAUCCGGACAUUGCCGAGGAGUUCAGGGAACACUACCUCCGCCAGAGCCAGCGUGUGCGAGCUGCGGUCGCCAAGUGGAUGAGCAACUGCGAGAAGACCCCGGCGCCCCCGCCGCAGGAUAUCGACGACGAGACGCUGGCCUUUGCCAUCCUGACCAACCUCGACCCGGAAGACCGGCCGUACUUCAACGCCCUGCUCUCGGGCUCGCGUGAGCUACAGUCGGCGAUGCGCGCCCCGACCCCGGUCCGCAAGCACCGCAACGAUUUCAUCGUCAAGGCCGGCCUCUCACUGCAGCGGCUGUACCGCUUGCCGCAGGCGCCCCGCGACGCCGAAACGGCCGUGUACCUCGUCAAGAACGGCGGCUGGGUGCACGACCUGCUGUGCACCAUCUCCGACAUCAGCACCUCGGAAUGGGAGAUCCUCACGUCGGGCCGCUUCGACGGCUUCCUGUGGUCGGGUGCCGAGAUCGACGACGGGGCGGACUUCCCGCCAUCCGCGUCCCGCAUGGCCACCCCGGCAAGCGGCAUGUUCCCUUCCCCCUCCCGCAUCAUGAGCCCGCUUGGUGGAGUAGGGCCCAGGCCCAUGUCCCGGACCACAACCCCCUUUGGCGCCGGCGGCCCCUAUUCCCGCGGCCCGACGCCAGCCUCGUUCGUCAGCGGCGCAUCCUCGUCGUACCCUUCGCGUGGUGCGACCUCAGCCGUGACGCACGACGAGGAGACGGAAAUCGCCGUCGUCGCCGAGCUGGAGCGCGAAAUCUUCAACGGCAUGGAGGCGCUCGAGGACGCGUUUGAAAAACUCCACGAGCGCGCCAUGGCCGUGCGCGAGGCGCUCCGUCGCCGCGGCGCCGCGCUGCAAAUAAGCCUGCAGCAGCGCCGCGGCGGGUUCGGCGGGAGGGGGAUUGAUGUCCUCCCGCUUUCGGGCGGGAGUAGUGGGGUUUAUGACCGUCCCGCCUGGGCGGUGGGUGGGGAUGAUGAGAGUGUUGGUGACGGGGCGGAUAGUGAGUGGGGCGGGGACGAUAUCAGUGAGCUUGCGCCGGAUGAUUCGGCGAGUCAGGUCAGUAGUAAUAGGCUGAGGAGGCCGAAGAGACGGAGGGAAAGGGCGACGCCGGCUAUGAUUGAGGAGGAGGAUGAGCAGUGA